UCUCUCUCUCUCUCUCUCUCUCUCUCUCUCUCUCUCUCUCUCUCUCCAGUUGUUUUUUUUGGUACACUUAAAAGAUGGCAAAGCUGUCCACUCCAUUGCUCUUUCUUUUCCUCCUCCUCAGCUUCUCUUACAUUCAAUCUACCAUGGCUGGCUCAGCUUUUUGUGACUCCAAAUGUGCCACAAGGUGCUCCAAAGCUUCAGUACACGACCGUUGCUUGAAGUAUUGUGGGCUUUGCUGUGAGGAGUGCAAAUGCGUUCCUUCAGGGACUUAUGGAAACAAGGACGAGUGCCCUUGUUACAGGGACAAGCUAAAUUCCAAGGGCAAGCCCAAGUGCCCUUGAGAUGGGGUCCACUUCCUAGUUGGUUGUGCUACUCUAUUUAUUGAUAUUAAUGGUGGGGUCUAUCAAAAAGUUGGUGUUCUAAUGUUUACAAUAGAAGAAAUGAAGCAUUGGGGUCUGAAAAUAAGAGAUUUCAGGGGUUUUUAUGUUUGGUUUAUGUAUGUUUUUUAGCAUUGUAAGGGUGCAUGCUUUUGCAUGGGAAUUUUCUUUAUUAAUUAUUAUUAUA